CCAAUCCGAAGCUAAGGCUGUGAAGGGGCGUGGCCGGCAGUCCCAGGCAGAUAUCCCCUCUGUCACCUUUGUUUCUCUUCUGCCGCUGGUUAGGAAGAUGACUGUGGGGCAGUCUUCGGGAGCCCCCGAGUGCGCCCAGCGGAGCCGUGAGAUAUUUCCCCCCAAAUCCUCCUCCUCAGACACUGAGCCAGAAGAUGAGCUGUCCGGAGAAGGGCUGGUUUUGCCCAGAGCUGGCAAACUCCAUGAGUUCCUCUGUACAGAGGAGGAGACAGAUUCUACUGCCGACUCCACUGGGAGUUCCUGGGAGCCCUUGCAGGCUCCAGAGCAGAAGGGCAGGUGGGCUGUGUUGGAGACUCUCUUCCAGUCUGACCCAGACAGUGAGCAGAGCAGCUCUGAAGAUGAGGAAGGCUGGGAGAAUUUCUUCCAAGACAAGAGCAGGGGGAAGCCACAGGUCCAGGACCCUCCAUCUUGUAGGCAUGGCUCCAUAAGGCGCUGCAGCUCGGCGACCAGCCUUCCCUCUGACAUUCCCAAGGCUCAGAUGCGGCCAGCCUCCGACUCUGGGCCUCCCUCCCAGCACAGAAGUGUUUGCUCCUGGGCGUCCUCCAUCACCGUCCCUCAGCCCUUCCGCAUGACCUUGCGUGAGGCCCGGAAGAAGGCCCAGUGGCUGGCCUCGCCUGCCUCUUUUGAGCAGGAGAGGCUGCAGGCCCAGAGGCAGGCCCAGGAGGAGGCUGAGUGCCUUCGGCAGUUCCGGGCCCAGCCUGUGCCCGCGCAUGUCUACUUACCCCUCUACCAGGAGCUCAUGGAGCGCAGAGAGGCGCGGAGGCGUGCAGGCAUCCAGAAGAGGAAGGAGCUGCUUCUCUCCUCUGUGAAGCCCUUCAGCUUCCAGGAAAAGAAAGAGCAGCAAAAAGAAGCUGCUCCACAGAGAGACUCGGCUACCGUGGCUCAGACCAAGGUCCCCGCAAAGAAGGCCACUAGAAGGAUCCCCAAGUCCAUCCUGGAGCCAGCCCUUGGUGACAAACUCCAGGAAGCGGAGCUCCUCAGGAAAAUGCGAAUCCAGAUGAGGGCCGUGGACAUGCUCCAGAAGGCUUCUUCCCCUAUCAGCACCUCGGGGAGCCAGGCCCCCCGCACUGCCACCCGCACCCAGGAAGAAAAGCUGAGCUUCCUCCAGACUGAGUUUGGCUUCCAGCCUCGGGUGAACUCUGCGGUCCCUGACUAUGAGGGCCUCUACAAGGCUUUCCAGAAAAAGGCUGCCAAGAGAAGGGAGACCCGGGAGACAACCCGAAACAAGCCCUUCCUGCUGAGGACUGCCAACCGGUGCCACACUGCACGGUCCUGUGAGGCUGAUGGUGCUGGGGGAGGGGGCACAAGGACCCAGAAGUCACCUCAGCCAGCAGCCCCUCCCCUGCCCAGGAGCCGUUCUCUAAGUGGUCUGGCGUCCUUUUCGGCCAACACCCUCCCCGUGCACAUUACAGAUGCCACCAGGAAGAGGGAGUCUGCUGUCCGACUGUCACUUGAAAAAAAGGACAAAUCAGACAAGAGCACCCAGUGGUUGGAGAUGCACAAGAAGAACUGUCAAGCCAUGUCUAAAUCAGUGACCUUGCGGGCAAGAGCCAUGGAUCCCCAUAAAAGCCUGGAAGAGGUGUUCAAAGCGAAGCUUAAAGAGAACCGGAAAAAUGACCGUAAAAGAACAAAGGAAUAUAAGAAAGAACUGGAGGAAAUGAAGAAAAGAAUACAAACAAGGCCCUUUCUCUUUGAACAAGUUACCAAGGCACUGGCCAGAAAAGAAGCAGAGCAGCGGUAUCGAGACACCCUGAGGCUGGCUGGCCUGGAGGAAGAGUUCGUGAAAACCAAGUGUCAAGGCUCCCAGGCAUUGCAAUGCAAGGGGAAAGCCAAAGUCAGGGAUUCUCCUAGGUAAGAGGUGCGGUGUUACGCCAGUGAUGCCACUCAGAGGAAACUUACAGAAGUUAUUU